UUUUCCCACCAAAUGGCUUUUCCACAACUCAUUUUCAGCUUCUCAUUCAUUACUAUUCUGAUGGGAACGAUAACCUCACUGCUAAUUUACUCGAUAAAAUCCCAUAAACCACCAUCUAAAGAUGAAAAAUCCAUAUUGCGACAACAAUUACCUCCUGGUCCAAAACCAUGGCCUAUUAUCGGUUGCCUACUUGCAAAGUACAGAAACGAACCUGCUUUUAGAUGGAUACACAAUCUCAUGAAACAAAUGAACACUGAAAUUGCAUGUAUCCGUCUUGGGAACGUUCAUGUAAUACCGGUCACUUGCCCCUGUGAAAUCUUGAAAGCUCAAGAUGCUAAUUUUGCAACCCGACCCAUAAGCAUGUCUACCCGUUUUACUUCAAAAGGCUACUUAACAACAAUUCUUGCACCUUUUGGAGACCAAUGGAAGAAGAUGAGGACAGUUUUAGUAACUGAAAUGCUUUCAGCAGCGAAACAGCGGCGGUUUUACGGAGCAAGAGUAGAAGAAGCCAAUCACCUCGUCCGUUAUGUGUAUAAUCAGUGUAACGAAGGCGGUUUAGUGGAUGUGAGAGUUGCUGCCCAACACUAUUGUGGAAAUGUAACGAGGAAAAUGAUGAAAAUGAUGUUUAAUAAGAGAUUUUUUGGAAAGGGAAAGAAGAAUGGUGGACCUGGUUUUGAAGAAGAAGAGCAUAUUGAUGCUAUUUUUAGAGUUCUUCAUUAUUUAUAUGCAUUUUGUUUGUCUGAUUAUUUACCAUGCUUGGUGGGUUUUGAUUUGGAUGGUCACGAGAAGAUUAUUAAAGAGGCUAAUGGGAUCAUAGGAAAAUAUCAUGAUCCUAUAAUUGAAGACAGAGUUCAACAAUGGAAGGAUGGAACUAAGAAGGAAGAAGAGGACUUUCUUGAUGUUCUAAUUACUUUAAAAGAUGAUAACGGCAAUCCUUUGCUAUCGACAGAUGAGAUUAAAGCUCAAAUUACGGAAAUAAUGUUAGCAACAGUGGAUAACCCAUCAAAUGCGGUUGAACGGGCAACUGCGGAGAUGAUAAACCAACCGAAGAUACUUGAAAAGGCAGUAGAAGACUUGGAUAGAGUUGUCGGAAAGGAGAGACUAGUCCAAGAAUCCGAUCUUUCACAGCUUAGUUACAUCACUGCAUGCGCAAGAGAAGCCUUUCGCCUCCAUCCCGUCGUGCCAUUCAAUGUUCCUCAUGUCUCCAUGACUGAUACAACAGUAGCAAACUACUUUAUUCCAAAAGGCAGUCAUGUUCUACUAAGCAGAGUGGGUCUUGGCCGGAACUCUAAGAUUUGGGAUGAGCCGCACAAGUUCAAACCAGAACGCCAUAUCAAGAACGAUGGGUCUCAAGUGAAACUUGUUGAGCCAUAUUUGAAUUUCAUUUCAUUUAGCACAGGAAGACGGGGGUGUCCAGGAGUGACAAUGGGGACUUCGAUGACUUUGAUGCUGUUUGCUAGACUUCUUCAUGGAUUUACUUGGAACGUGCCUCCUAAUCAAACAAGUAUCGAUCUCAAAGAGUCCGAGAGUAGUUUAACACUCGCUAAGCCAUUGGUUGCACUUGUGAAGCCGCGCUUGCCUGCGUACGUAUAUGACCAAAUCAUGCAUGAUCAAUAAGAAAGGAGAUGUAUGGAAUU